GUGAGAGCUCCUGCAGCAGGGUUCAAAAUCACCUUACCCAGUACAUGUGGGCGAGUGGGGAACACAAUUGUCACAUGCACACACCUGGGCAUGGGAACGGGGAGUUCAGACAUCAACUUACCUAAAAACACACAGUCACCUUUGUUUAAAAUGUCAUGAUUUGGGGGCGGAGGGGUCCACCUCAUGAUUUUUGAAGUUGGCAACACUGUAUUUCUGUCCAUCCAGCACUGCCCACUGCUGCAUGGAACCAGAUUUUGCUCAGGUUUUUGGGUAACUGGCUGCUCGCGGCUGUAGACAAUGGCUAGUGUUUCCGGGUAUGUCUGUAGGGUGCUCGAUGCACUGGCACAAAGCUGUUGAGCUCUGCUCCCUGCCUGUGGGUCAGGUGGGGUCGCUGUGCUUGUGGCUGUGGGUUCCUCAGGAUGACUGGCCUGGACCAGACUGCUGUGAUCUCUCUGCUUUAUUCCUGCAGAACGAGCCCAACCUUCCUCCGGAGAAGCGGAAAAAUAAAAGAAUAGUCCAGCGAAACGAGACAUUAAGAAGCAAUUUAGUGAAGAGCGGGCUUCAGUUCAUUGACAGAUUUGUGGAGUUGCUGAAGGAAACGAAGGAUGCACCCAAGGACACCCAAAAGAAAUACCUGCAGAAGACCAAUUCUCUAAUCUGACAAGGUCAUUUUGAAUUCUAAUCCUGUCCCCCAAAGUGUUUGCAACCCUCCCAGCUUGGUGUCAUCUGCACAUUAUAUAAGGAUACUCUGCACCAGGAGUCAUCAAUUCGUUUUUGUCAAGGUCCAAAUUUCUUGGUCAAGGUAUAGGCAUGGUCCAGACUCCAGAGAAAAUAAUACAAAAAUAAUAAAAAUAAUGAUAGUAAAUACAUAAAAAAGAUGUCUCAGUCUGUUUAAAAGUGUCUCGUGGUCUGGAUUUGGCCCGUGUUCUGCCUAUUGCCUACCCUUGUUCCACACCAUUAUCCAAACCAUCAAUUAAAAUGUUCAGUAGUACCAGACCCAGGACAGAUCCCAGUGGGCCCCCACUAGCUAGGCCCUCCCAGUUUGACAAUGAAACAUUGAUAACGACUCUGAGUAUAGUCUUUCAACCAGUUAGGUACCCACCUUAUAGCAAUUUAUUCUAGACUAUAUUUCUCUGGUUUGCUGAUAAGAAUGUCAUGUGGGACCGUGUCAAAAGCCUUACUAAAAUCAAGAUAUAGCAUACCUACCACUUUCCCUCAUCUACUAGGCCAGUAACCUGUCAAAGAAGAAAAUUAAGUUGAUUUGUCGUGAUCCAUGGCUGGAGCCUGAUCCCCCACAUUUGGGGAGGCUGGGCAUGCCUAGUUUGUGGCCAUGCCCCUACUUGGCAUCCUCCCCCCUGAGGCCCCGCCCAUGCUCCAUCCCUGUUCUACCCCAGACCCUGCUCCAGCUAGCCCUCCUCCACCAAGGCUCCCCCCUGCUACUCGCACCUCUCUGCCUCCUACCCUGAAGCCUUUUUGCCCUCUCCCAAGCCGCAGGGAAUGGGGGGGCGCCUGGCCCUGGGAAGCCGUGACGGGGGUGCAUAGCCCUGACUGCAGUAUCUGGCAGAAGCCACGGGGCAGGGGCACAUGGCCCCGGAUGCAGCCCCCCCACUGCAAGCUGUGGGGCAGGGAUGCACGGCCCCGGCUCCAGCCCCCACUGCAAGCUGGGGCUGGAACCUGGACUUCUAUCAUAUCCCCCUGUAGUUGUUUCUUUUCCAAACUGAACAGUCCCGGUCUCAUUAAUCUCUCCUCAUACGGAAGCUGUUCCAUACCCCUCAUCAUUUUUGUUGCCCUUUUCUGUAUCUUUUUCAAUUCCAAUAGAUCUUUUUUGAGAUGGGGCGACCAGAUCUACCUGCAGUAUACAAGAUGCGCGGAUACCAUGGAUUUAUAAAGAGGCAAUAUGCUAUUUUCUGUCUUAUUAUCUAGCCCUUUCCUAAUGAUUCCCAACUUUCUGUUCGCUUUUUUGUUCCUUGGUCAGGAGCAAGUCUAAAGUGGCUGUCCCUGGUUACUGUCUCCUCUUUCUGAAACAAAAAGCUGUGCUCAGGACAGUCCGAGAACUUACUGGACAUUUUGCGUUCUGAGAAUGGGACCAGGUGGCUGUGCUUGGAGUGGCGAGGGGCCUAGGCAGCACAGUAGUGCAUGCAGGAGAGCAGCGAGAACCAGAUGGACAGGCAAGAUGGAAUGGACAUUGCAUUAGUAUCAGAUACAUCCAUCCUUUCCUGCUGUUACUUUUACAUGUGAGCCAUGGCUGGAGAGACCAUGGGGACAUUAUGGGAUCAUGACUGGGAGGGGAGGUGGGCUGGUGGGUCACCAAAGGGAGGAGCAUGCGUCCACCAGAAUUCUGUUCCAGAGUCCAUCUCUGCUUUUUACCAGAUGCUGCACGCGAUAUUCUUCUUCGGACGAAUACAUAAAACUCCCAUAGAGCCCAGAGAGUUUUUACCUGAGCCUUAUCAAGAUGCAUUCAGACGUCUCUACCCAGCCCCAUUUGAGCAGUGUACAACGCACCUUCCCACCAAAACACCUUACUCCAUCCUUCUUGAUUACGUGACAGAAGUGAAACGUUUCACUACCCCCGAGGAGCUAAUGAGCUUUCUGCACAGCUUUAAUGCGCAACUGUGGAAUCAAUCACCGGAGGAGGGACCUCAUGCGCUGGAUGCCACUAAGUUCACCUUUACAGCCUCAGUUAUCGCUUGCUGCUUCUACGAUGGUCCCCAGGGUGGCGCUGACUUCCACCACUUCUAUGGCGCUUCCCUCUCAUGUAAGGGGCGCCAUGAAAGAUGCAUCAUGAUUGCGUUGUCCUCUGUAAAAACAUGGCAUAAGGCUGUGGCCUAUGCAGUGCAACAUAAGGGUGAUGGUCCGGCCAUCACUUUCCCUGAGGGGGUGUGGAGCCAGGCCUUUCAGUUUAGUGUUAAAGAACAAAAAUAUCAGGAGAAGUCACCCUGUGAGAAGUGUCAGCAAUUGUUUAGGAACGUGAACUUUCAGCCCCCUCCCAUUGCCCCCCCAAACGGGGGCCCGUGGCAGUAUGGGAACUGCGCUGAGGUGGAGUCCUUGAGCAAACUCCUGCUGGGGACCAGAGUGGUGGAGGAGGGAGUUCGGUCAACAAGCACACCCCCUCUAAACUAUGAAGCCAUAGAGAGGGACUUCACAGGUGAAAUCGAGGCAAAAGUUAAAGCAAAGCUUAUUCAGAAGCUGGGGUCAAGACAGUUCAAGGCCAAGCCAUUACAGUUUUUCAGUCUCCAGUGACUGAGCGUGGCAGCGAUGGGGGAGUCAGGCUGGCAUUCUGUGCAGCUCCGGCACCCUCCUGAUCGGGGGCUGUUGCAGGGGUCACAGGUUCUCUGGUUCUACCUCCCCCUCCAACACAGCCCACAGCAGCAGAGACUGCCCAGAGUGCAUAUGCUAUGGGGACCCCCCCAGCCCUGCCCCUCCCUUGUACAGGGUCUGUGUGCUGGAGGGAGCAUGCCCCCAGAGUCUAACUGGAUAAGGACUGUGGUAGAGGGGGGCAAACAGCUCGUGUGUCUCUGAAGCUGUUUGAUUGGUAAUUCAGCCUACGCCACCUCCUGACCCUCAAGGAGAAAAGAGAAACAAAGGAGACUUGCUACGGCUUUGAUGCAGCCCCUGGUCCAGGCUCUCCACUGAGACCCCAGUGACUAGCCUAUCGCACCAACACUGGAGGCUGCGCUGUCUUUGGAGCCUGUCAGUGUUUGUGGGAGGCUCCAUUUAGAACUAGUCCCUUCCUGCAAUAGAGCUGCAGUCUUGGGCCCCAUCUAAUCCAUCCCCCAGCCAGGGACCAAUACACGAUUGCUUCUUACUGCACAUUCGCUGGUGCUACAGCCAGCCCUUCGCUUGGGGGCUAUUCCACAGCCUGAGCCAUCUCCCUGGCAAGAAGCUUUCUCCCAACUUUUCCUUUUCUUAAUAUCAUCAGCUCCUUCCCCGCUGUUAUUCUGCAUGGGUCCCCUGGGAACAAUUCCGCUCCCUCUCAUCUGCUCACACCCUUCAGACAUUUAGCUGGUGAUGCUGCUUCCCACCUAGUCUAACACUCACAGCUCUGACUUGGCCAGCGGCAUUCUGGGGAUACCGUAGCGAACAGAGCCAUGGGGGACAGCUUCAGAGUUCAGAGACGGUCAGUGACAGACACCCAGCUGUGAAUUCCUCAUUACCAGAAACGGUCAUGAGCUGGAGUGGGACUUCUUCUCUUUUCACAAACUGUCCCUUGGGAUGGCUGCAGAGUGUCCAAGCCCCACCUCCCUGGACAAGGAUCACCAAGUAUAGUACACCCUCACUAUAACGCCCUUCACAAUAGCACACCUGGUCCCUGGAUCCCACCUCCAGCCCCGCCCGGGGGGCAGAGCGCUCCACCUGCCCCAUGGUCACGGCCGGCCAGAUUGCGCCUCUGGCCCCAGGGCCCCAGCUGCGGUUCCGGGACCACAGGAGCUCUCAGCUCUGCUGCAGGGCUUGAGGUGUCAGCCCCUCCCAGCAGGGCUCUUUCCCUAUAACAAACCCCUAGCUACAAUGACCAAAUGGCUUGGAUUCCCAGGGGUUCCUUAGAGCGAGGGCAUACUGUAUGCUCCCACUUAAGACCAGACUCUUCCUCCUCACUUGGUGGAAGAUGCUUCCCCUCACACAGAAAUAGACCUCGUGUGUCGGGACUACAGCCUGCUGUACUGGAAAUGCAGGUGGUGGGCAUGAAGGUGGCUUUACAUUAGACUGUAAACGCUUCUGCUGAGGGACCUGUUCUUCCUAGCUGUUCGUACAGCCCCCAGCACAGGGCGGCCCUUAGGUGCUAAUGCAAUGCAAACAGUACAAGUUUGGUCUGUUGGAUAUGGGUUUGGAGUCCUGGGCAGAUUGACUGUUUUUGCUGUAUGUAAAUAAACUCACCUGAUUUUACUUGAAGUUUUGGGGCAGGGACCUGUGCAUCUGGGAAGCCCCUCACACACCUUCUGGGGCAUUAUAAUAACAGUUUUGUAUAUGGCUAAGAAGCCUAAAGUGGCCUGCCCUCAGAAGACAUGGCAUU